UUUACGCCGAGAGGAGCGUGCGUGCAAACGCAGUGGGUGGUGGGAUAGAUGGGGAUGUUUCCAUCAUGGCGGCUUCCAUUUCGGGCUAUACUUUUAGUUCUGUGUGUUAUCACAGCGCUAACAGCAACUCUGAUCAUGAGGGCUUCCUUUUAGGAGAAGUAAGGCAAGAGGAAACUGUCAGCAUCAGUGAUACACAGAUCAGCAGUGCUGAACUCCUCCAAGUAGUAGAAGUCCAUAAUCAUGAACCUUGUGCACAGCUAUUUAGCUUUUAUGAUUAUGCUGGAAAAGUCAAUGAUGAGAAUCUUAACAGAAUUCUUAAAGACAGACACAAAAAUGUUAUUGGCUGGUACAGGUUCAGGAGGAACACACAGCAGCAGAUGUCGUUCAGGGAACAGAUCAUCCACAAGCAGCUGACCCAGCUCCUGGGCGUGCCCGACCUAGUCUUCCUCCUCUUCAGCUUCAUCUCCACAGCAAACAACUCCACACACGCACUGGAGUAUGUGCUGUUCAGACCCAACCGCAGGUACAACCAAAGGGUGACUCUCCACAUCCCCAACCUGGGCACCACCAGCCAGCAGGAAUACAAAGUCUCCUCUGUCCCCAACACCUCACUCAACUAUGCCAAGGUCAUCAAAGAGCACGGGGCUGAAUUCUUUGAUAAAGACGGUGUGAUGAAGGAUAUCAGAACAAUUUUUCAAGUCUACGGUGCACUACAAGAUAGAGUGCAAGCUGUAUGUGGAGAGGUUGAGCAGAAUGAACGCGUGAAAGAGAAAUUCCAGGAGGAGGUGAACAAACUCAAACAGCAAAUUGCUCUCAGGAAACAAAAAUCCGCAGAGGAGGAGAGACGACUCCAGGAGGCGCAGAACCCUGAGCAACGUCCUACUCCUGAGGAGAACUCUGAGCCCCCGGAGACCUCCCUCCUGUCCAGGGUGGUCUUUCACACCCCAUCUACCCCCGAGCGGCUAGGUCCCUCUGCAAACCCCCCUUCCUACGCAGACCUCCUCUCCUUGCAGGAUGACUCGCUCCUCCCCUCCUUGUCCUCCCCUACCAGUGCUGCGCUGCUUCCCCGUCCCCAGGCUGUGGGCUCUCCAGGCCACCCUUCUCCCAGUCCUCUGGGUCUGAACCCCAGCCCUGCUCCUAGCCCCAGUAUGCCCUACCUGGGGAAUGGAGACGGAUCCAGCUCUGACUCCCUGGACAGACAGGCUGCAGGGCAAGAGGAUGAUGAGGAGGAGGAGGAUGAUGAUGAUGAGGACAGCAGUGAGUAUGAGAACCUUGUGAGCGAGGUGGCACAGUUGCCCCAGGUUACUGCCAGUGUGUUGGCGCAGGGCCGCCCAGCCGCCCUCAGUCCAGACGGUGAUGCCUCAGUCCUUGGCUCACAGACUUCGUAGACGCCAGCCAUGGGGACACAAUUAACUGACACACUGGGAGAGGAUGGCAUCCCAACCAAUCAAAGAGAGUAGUCUUCUAUAUUACAGGUGGAAGUGCCAGCCCGGAAAAUAAAAGGCAUGUGUAUUUCUGUUCGCUUUUAGUUUGAUAACCAUUCUGGGGGGUAAUGUCAUGCUUCAUGGGCUAUACUUUUCUGUCUAGUGUGGUAAAGAUAGUCUGUUGGAGCCUGGCUGCCUCCAGUGAAUGUGUUUGAUUUAGGGACUGAUUACGUUAUAACUGAAUAAACGCCAACCGGUUUGUCCGACCUCUCUGAAUGGAUAGACCCACUCGUCCUGGAUCAUGCUGCGGGACAUCUGCAUCAUCAACUUUGAUCAUCCAAUUGUACCAUUACCUCUUGCACUAUGUUUGCCUUUUAACAAUUUAUUUAAGUCAAGCAAAGGGAAAAUGUUCUGUGGCCUUCAAACUUUUCUUUAGUGAGACAGGUGAGUGGUUCUAUUUUUGUCUUUCCUUUUUCUUUUUUUUUUGCUUAUUACAAAGAAGUAAUAUAUGUAUGCUUAAGCUAUAAUUUCAUUAAUCUGCACAGUUCUGAUACUCUACUUUGAGCUGUCUUUAUUAGGAUUUAAUUUCCUUUAACAAUCAAUGGAUUUUAUGAAUCAUGCGGUUGCCUAUUUAGAUGACAGAGUCUAGAUUGUUUUACUUCGCCACUACUGUAAUUUGUGCUUAUAUUAAUUUUUAGGACAAAAUAACAGCUAUGACCCAGUCAGAAGAAUUCGUGGAUAGCACCUCUGCAUGCAGUAUGAAGGAAGUUAGUUUCACGAGCCAAUGCUAACUAAAGUUAGCGCAAAGACGAGAAGUCUACAGGUACACUUGCAUACGAAAAGUGGUAUCUACGAGUUCAUCUGACUAUGGGUGACUAUAAAAAAACAGAUUCUCGCAGUAUCCCUAAUUAAUGUCACUCAAUGUCUCAUUUUUCUUAAAUAACACUGAAACGACUGUAUGCGCUUUGCUGCACAUAACACAUCUAGAGGAUUUCGUUAUUGUGCUUUACCAAUGCUGUUCAGUUGUGCCACUUGAGAAGUACGCUUUGAUCAGCUGAGCUAGCUCAGCUUUUGUGGAUUGUAUGGUGCUGACAGGGAGAAAACACAUCGUACUCUAGCUUUACUAACCAGACCUCGCUGCUGCAUCAGAGCUACCACUAAACAAGAAAACUGUGCAUCGACAUUAACCUGUCUGCUUCUUUCAUCUCAUGUCCUUGCACUGCUGGUCAUCUCCGUUUCUGCCGAGUGCUGAAACUGACUAGAAUGGCUUCCCCCAAGUUAAUUCUGAGGGAACGGUUUCCCCCUGUAGCUAUAUGUUACAGCCUUGGAACAAGACAUCUCCUGACUGUCUUGUCAACACCAAUAGACCUCACACUCUCAAAGCUGAUUGGGCUAAAUGUGUAUGGACCUUGAUAAUGUGACAAAAAUGACCUCAGUUCAGAGUCCAGUGCCUUCCAUUUUGGCAGUUACACCGGCUCGUUACUACACGCACAAUGCAAGCGACUGGAAAGAAGAAAGGUUGUUCCAAUUGUGGGCAGAGUAUCCUUCACCCUGCAGUGUUAUCCAAGCCUUGUGUAUAUAGCUUUUCCCAUGUGCAGCCCACAUUGUAUGUCGCUCUUUCUGCCUUAAGGUCAACUUGCUUUCCUUCAUCACUCAGCAUUACUGUAUAAUGUCAACUCAUAGCUUGGUGGACUGGUACUCUCAUUUGUUUUAGAAAAUAUUAAUUUCUGAACAACGAAGUCCCACAAAAGAUUAUAAUGACAAAUUCGAGAAAGGAGUGGUUUCCACUUGAGCACUUGAAUCAACAAUGGGAGUUAAGAAAAAGUAAUCGAUAAUGAAUGUACACUGUACAGUAUAUAGGAGGUUGUAGCAUUCAAACAGCACUUAUUUAUGAGAAUCUCAGUCACGAUAUAAGUGGCUGGCAGGAGUACUCUUUUCAAAGUACUCUUUAAUAACAUGGUUUGGCCCCUAGCUGGAAGUGGCCCCUGAGAGCCUGUAACUUCUCCCUGAAGCACAAAGUCCCAUCACAUCACUCAUGUCUGUAAGGUCGGUGGGACAGGAAAAGGCCAAGUUCUUUUGGUCACUUGGUUCUUAAGUGGGUUGUAAUAAUAAAAGAGACAUGCUUAUUUGGUUUGCAGAGUCAUUUGUUCCCACUUUCUGCCCACUUUUGAGACCAGAGCCGAGGGUUGUCCAGAAAGACCAACUGAUAGCAAUUCACAUCUCUCGCUUGGCUUGGACUGAAAUAUGUGCCGGUACUCGUUUUGGGUGCCGGUACUGUUUUGUUUAUUUAUUUUUGUAGAUAUUCCCAGAUGCAUCACCAGUAUGUCCCUCAACACCAAGCUGAUUGGGGUGGUGCGAAACCCAGUCACCAGAGCCAUCUCAGACUGCACACACACUCUGUCCAUGAAGCCGGACAUCCCCACCUUCGAGGAGUUGGCCUUCCAGAACCAAAGCCAGGGUAUGGUAGACACCUCAUAGAAUGCUAUCUGCGUAGGGAUGUACAUCCGCCCACCUAGAGAACUGGCUGCAGUACAUUCGCCUCCCCCAGAUCCACAUUGUGAGCGGCUGAUCACGGACCCGGCGGGGUAGCUGGGCUGCAUCUAGCACUUCUUGGUUCUCAAACGCAUCAUCACAGACAAGCACUUCAACCAAAGACUUCCCUUGCCUGAAGAAACGAGAGCAGCAGCCAGCCCCGCUGCCUGGGCAAGUCCAAGGGUAGAACCCAUGUGAAGAUAGACAGGGAAGUCAUUGAGCAGCUCUUGAACUUUUUUUAUUGGCCUUUUAAUAUCAAAUUCAAUGAGAUGGUGGGGCAAGACUUCAGGUGGGAUUGAGAUUCUGAUAAAAAAAAGAGGUGAUAUAUUUAUUAUAUGGUUAUCUCAGUGGUGUCAUUAAAAAUAGGACACCUUCAAGUAAAUCCAAUUUCUCUUCAUGUUUGAAAAUACAGUGCGAGUUUACAAAGGUGUGUGAUCUGCCUAUAACUUUAAAACCUUUAUAACUUCCUGGUUCCUACUUUAACAUCAUGCCUGUUUUGUUAACCAAAUAAAAUAUAAAUAUAUGCUGCCAUGUCA